AUGAAUCCGUCGUAUCCGGGCUCUUCCGGAGACCGUCACGGGCCUAUGUCACACAGUUCAUCAUCCAGUUCAGGAUUGGGGGGAAAGGGCGGUCCUCCACAACAGCACAAUUACCACCAACAGCCAUCGCUGGCUCAGCUUAGCCAUCACUUGCACCCGCUGCAUGGCGGCUCCCAGCAGACGCAUCAGCAGCAGUCACAGCACUCCAUUAUGCACCCAGGUGGCCCUGUUCUUCCUCCACCGUCUCUACCGAUUUCCCUGGGCGGUGGCGGUCCCAACACAUCGCGCUCGCCGCAUCCGCUCUCCGCAGGCUCCAUCUUGCACCCGCCACGCGGUAAUUUAGGGGGAUCAUCGGGUACAGGCGGUCCGUCUUCGGUGUUGAGUAAACCAGUAGGCUCUCAGGGUGCUUCAUCCUCAAGUGCUGGGAUGAUGGGCCACUCGGUUCGCAUGCAAGCGUCCGGUAUGAGCCAAAACAUGGGAAAUGUCCAGCAAUCCAUGGCCCAAUCAUCUGAAAGGAUCAAGCCGUCACCACAGGGAUACAAUGUACGAUCUUCGUCGCCGUCUCGUCGCCCGGCCGAGACGCAGCAACAGCCACAACAAGUGCAGAUCCAGCAGCAAUACGGACUGGAUGGACGCAUUAUCCCGAAUGAUCAAGUAGGAGGAGACUACUAUCAGCAAACGAUGGCCGGUCCACCUCCACGUCAUCGGGAACUUCGUGUAGAAGACGCUCUGCUGUAUCUGGAUCAAGUCAAACAGCAGUUUGGCGACCAGCCGGAUAUUUACAACCAGUUUCUGGAUGUCAUGAAAGACUUUAAAGCACAGGCAAUUGACACACCAGGAGUCAUUCUACGUGUCUCGACACUCUUUCGUGGAUAUCCAAACCUAAUUUUGGGCUUUAACACGUUCUUGCCGCCUGGAUAUCGUAUUCGUCCGGACACGUCGAUUGAGGUGAUCCCGUCUCAGAUGGCGGGACGUGGAGGGGUGCAACCGUCUAUGUAUGAAGCGCAGCAGUCUUCCAACACCAACAUGGGCCAUCGCCCGCCCCCGGUGACGAUCCCUCCACCUCCGUAUUCACCUCCAGAGCUUCACAAGCCGGCGCCAGCGUCGCGUCAGCAGCUACCUUCCGGUGGUCAGAUGAAAGCUGGUGGAAAGCCACAGAAGAUGCAACAACAGGCGUCGACGACGGGUGGCGGCAAUGCUACGGCGCGGAGCUCGACGAACCCUGUCGAGUUUGACCACGCGAUCCACUACGUGACCACUAUCAAGCAACGCUUUGCUGAUGAGCCUGAGACGUACAAAGAGUUUCUGGCUAUCUUGCACACGUACCAGAAAGAGCAGCGUUCUAUCCGCCAGGUGCUCGACCAAGUCUCUCAUCUUUUUCGUGAUCAUCCGGACCUGCUUCGUGAGUUUACGUUUUUCUUGCCCGAUGCAGUCCAGGAACAGGCCAAGGAGCGUUUGAAUCGUGCUGCUGAGAAGGCUCAACAGCGCAAAGACCAAAUGGCACAAAGAGCACGAAAAUAUGGCUCAUCGUCGCACGGUUACCAGCAGUCUGACCGGCGAGACGACCGUGGCUCGGCUUCACCGUCCAGUGCUGCGAUGAAGAGUGGACGUAUGAUGGGUGAUGAUGAAGAUGCUUACCUCAAAUAUGACAAGAAAGGAAGUGGCAGAAGUUACAAGGACGAUGAUCACCGUCUGAGUGGCAAGGCUUUGGAACGUCGUGAGAAGGAGCGCGAACGUGAACGCAACCGCGCGCAGUUCAACCACAAACGUGCUAAGCGUCGCCCGUACGACGAAAAAGAACGCCGUGCGUACCUUGCGAUUUCCGACGUGCUUCUUGACAAAGAAGAGUGGAGCAUUUUUGAAAAGAUUAAGAAAAUUCUUCCGUCGCGUGACAACUGGCGCGAAUUUCUCAAGUGCCUCGAGUUAUAUAGCCAGGAAGUACUAGACCGCAACGAGAUGCUAUCGCUUAUCAGGAACCUUUUUGGUCGGCACACGGAUUUGGUGGAAGAGUUCGACCACCUAUUGUGCUCUCACGGUGUGCAGAAGACUCCUAAGGAAAUUUGGCCAUUCAUUCCACUCGCUGAGACGGACCUUUCGCAGUGUCGCCGCGCCACUCCAUCAUAUCGUGGUUUGCCCGCGAGCUACCCCAUUCCACCAUGUUCUCAUCGUUCUGCUCUCGAAAAGCAGGUGUGCAAUGACUCUUGGGUGUCUGUGCCCACUGGUAGUGAAGACUUCUCUUUCAAGAGCAUGCGGAAAAACCAGUACGAGGAAGCGCUGUUCAAAUGCGAAGAUGAACGCUUUGAGAUCGACAUGGUGAUCGAAGCAAAUGCAUCUACAAUUAGCAUUCUUGAGCCACUGGCACUCGAGAUUGAGGUGCUUAAAACAAACAAGGAGUCAGGUGGCGAAGACGAUCAGCUGUGGAACUAUGUAGUGGAUAAGGGCACGUUCCGUGUAACACACUUGAAUGCUAUCACGCGCAUCUACGGUGAUGCAGGAACGCAAAUUUUAGAAUUGUUGCGUCAGUAUCCUGCUGGUGCGAUUCCUGUGAUUCUAAAGCGGUUAAAACAAAAGGACGAAGAGUGGCGCCGUGCACGCGAAGAUCUGAACCGCCAGUGGAAGGAGGUAAACGAGAAGAAUUAUCACAAGUCACUGGAUCACUCUAGCUUUUACUUCAAGCAGAAAGAUAAGAAGCAGACGAGCAUGAAGAUGAUGAUGCAAGAGGCCAAGAAAAAGUUGGAGGCGGAUGAGAAGCGUGCCGAAGAAUUUAAGGCGGCCUCAAAUGCGUCUCCAUCUACUGUUUCAGCGACUACUGCAGUUGUGAGCGCCAAGGUUCCUCCUCAGGCUUCGGAUAUUGCUGACGCGCUCAAAAAGGAACAAUCUGCGCCUUCAGUAAAGGUUCCGAUUAUGAAGGCAAUGGCACCUAUUGCGCAUUCUACACAUUCCACAAAGUGGAAACCUCAUUUUGCGUUCAAGUUUGCAUCUGUGCAGAUUCACAAGGAGGCGUUUGGUUUAUUGUCAUACGCUGCCGAGAAGAAUUUGAGCGUGGCUGAUAAAGAAAAGAUUUCCAAGGUCUGGCAGACAUUUUUCUUCCCGUUUUUCUAUUUGGAGGAGGAGUGGCUCGUGCGCAAGCCACAACACGCCACAGUGACGCACGAAAAAGCAAAGACGUUGCCUAUCGGUACGGAGGUGAGCACCGAGUUUGGGGAGGGAACUGUGCAGCAGUUUAAUAGAGAGAAGACAUAUUUCACGAUCAAUCUGGCUGCAGUCGGGUGCCAGGCAUACUUGCAACCUUGUGCUCUCACCAUCCAAGAGGCUGCCGAUUUCCCGUCCAGUCUUCCAGCACUAGAUAGCAAGCAGGAUGCGGCUAAAAUACAAGCCGACUACAAGUCGUUAUUCUAUGGCAAUCAGCACGCUUACGCAUUCUUGCGUCUAUACCAGGUACUGCACAAUCGGCUUGAGCGCGCGUAUGACCUGUGCGAAAAAGCGAAACGCAAUCGCAACCGUCGCACAAUUAAUCCUGCAGCUCGCGCACUGGUUCACGCUCAUCACUCGUUAUCUGCCUCAACCAAGGAGAAGACCGGAGACUAUCAGGCGUUUGUUUCCAAGUUGUACUCACUGAUUGAUGGCUCGGUUGACAACUCUAAGUAUGAAGACUCUUGCCGAAGUCUUAUGGGAUCCACGUCAUACUUUUUGUUUACUAUGGAUAAACUGGUGGCGCAGGUGCUCAAGCAGAUGCAGCACUUGGCAAAUGAUGAUGUUUGUCAAGAGCUCAUCAAGGCAUUUGCCGAGGUGCAAGGUGGACCAAAGCCCUCAACAGACCCGAUAGAAGCUGAAGCCAAGAUCACUGCGUACCUUAAUAAGACCAAGUCUAUCUUUGAGGGUGAAGGUGCGUUCCGAAUCGAGUUCAAUCCUGGCGUGUUGCGCAAGACACCCCUCGAGGCGCGUGGCGGCACCACUCCAUCCGGUGUAUUUGAACCUUUCAAGAUCUGGGCGCCUUCGCCACGCAUAAAGGCUCCAGAAGCCAGCAAGUGGCUUAUCAAGCCUGAGUUGGCUAUUGAGUACCUUGGCUCUAUUGAUGACGAUGGAGACGAUGACGAUGAUGACGAUGAUUCUCCGAGUGCUACGCCUGUAGACACACCAUCGGCAACACCCGUGUAUGGUUCCCCCAUGCAGGACACGCCUGUGCACGAUUCACAGGAUGAUGCUGAUCCGAUGGCAGAAUCAAAGGAAGAUGACGACACGAAAAAGGGGGCUCUGACGCCAGUAUUGUCUGGAAGCGUAGAGCAGAGUGACAGUGCCAGUGCAUCAUCCGAUGAAGCCAUGAAUGCGGCAAAGACUCUAGAGUCUGCAACAUUGCUGAAGAAGCGCGUCCGUAACUCGUCUGAGGAGGACAGUGCUGUGUUAAUAGCAUCGCUGUCUUCAUCCACUGUGGUAACAGAUGGAUCAGCCAAGAAAGCAAAGACGACGUCGGACGCGACGCAUGCAGCUGGCUACACUAAUUCUGCCGAUAUGUCUGAGGCUUUAACAACCCCACAGAGUUAUGAUGCCAUGAUGGGAAGAGCUAAACCAAUCUCUAGUCUCGUUGCCAUACCCACGUCUGAAGAAGCGGGAGUAGAAAAGCCACAGGAGCAGAGUCAAGACCGUGAGCUGGAAGAGAAAGCUGAGGAUCUGGAUGCUGAUGGAUUCAUGGAGGACCACCUAUCAUCACAUGACAACGUAAAGUCAGACCUGCCAAGUGACCGUGCUUCUGUUUCCCCGGCUUUUUCCGCUGGCGAUUUGACAUCUCGUGCAUCAGGUCACUCAUCUGUAGCAGUGAAAAGUGCUGACAAAAGGAAGGAAUAA